CAGAGUUGUACUGAGUGUGGCCGAGAGAGCCCAGCCGGAGCGGCGCGGGACGGGCAGAGAGCGAGACAGGCAGGCAGGCAGCAGACAGACAGGGGUCCCAGGCAGCCGCGGACAGCCCCCGACGUCCGUCCAGUCCGGCCAGUGGCCUCCCGCCGGUGCAGGACAGUGCAGAGCAGCGCGGGGCGCCGCGAGCCGUCCCAACAGGACCGUCUCUCUUCUCUUUGCUGCUGCCCGAGAGCUCGAGCUCAGGGGGACCCAGGCUUGCGCCCCGGCCCCCGUCGCCGCGCACACACAACUCGGCCGAGGGGCUGCUGCCCCGCACACUACUUUUCCCGGAGACACAAGUGGUUCUCGGAGCCCGCGGUGAACUUUUGGCGAAGCCCAGCCCUCUGAGAGCAGGGGAGCCGGGCGGGCGCCCCGAUCCGGAGGCAGGCGGAGGAGAGCGAGCAAGGGGCUGCCGCUGCGGCCCCUGACCCGAGCCGCGCUCGGGAACGCAGCAGCCUCCCUCCGGUCGCUGCCAGCCCGAAGGAGGCGGGGACCGACGCCACCGCGGACUGAGAUUUCGGGGGGGCCCUAGCUGACCUCCCGUCCUAGCUGUCCUCUACCCCACCCCCCCGGCCGGGCUCCGCCGCCCGUGCCCGGGAGAGCCGCUGUCACCCGCUCGGCCCCGCCGCCGGCCGCUCACCGAGAGAGGGGGACGCCUCCAGCCGGACGCACCGUCGCCGCCACUUUUCAAACAGGAGCGGAGGAGCGCGCGCGGGACAGGAGGCGGCGGAGUGAGCGCGCCUCGUGGCCGAGCCGGGAGGGGGGCCAGCUGGGCUCGCGACCCCCCGGCUGAGUCGGGGUGCUGAGCUGUUCGCGGGCGGACUCCAGAGCGCACCCCUGAGCCCGCCUCUGCUUGCUAACUUUGCGAGUCGCGGCAGGCGGGCGGACGGACAGACGGACAGACCGACGUCUACGCUCGGCCAGCUUGGAGCGGAGCUGCUCUGUUCUAUGACUACAAAGAUGGAAACUACUUUCUACGACGAUGCCCUCAACGCCUUCGUGCAGCCCGAGAGCGGCGGCUACGGCUACAGCCACGCCAAGGUGCUAAAGCAGAGUCUGACCCUGAACUUGGCUGACCCGGUGAGCAGCCUCAAGCCCCACCUGCGCAACAAGAACCCAGACCUGCUGACCUCGCCCGACGUGGGGCUGCUCAAGCUCGCCUCCCCGGAGCUCGAGCGCCUCAUCAUUCAGUCCAGCAACGGGCUCAUCACCACCACGCCCACGCCCACACAGUUCCUGUGCCCCAAGAACGUGACGGACGAGCAGGAGGGCUUCGCGGAGGGCUUCGUGCGCGCCCUGGCCGAGUUGCACAGCCAGAACACUCUCCCGGGCGUCCCCUCGGCGGCCGCCGCGCAGCCCGGGAACGCCUCCGUGGCCGCGGGCAUGGUGGCUCCCCCCGUGGCCGCCCUGGCGGGCAGCGGCGGGGGCGCCGGGGGCUUCGGCGGCCUGCACAGCGAGCCCCCGGUCUACGCGAACUUGAGCAACUUCACCCCCAGCUCGGCGCUGGGCAGCGCGCCUGCCUACAGCGGCCCCAGCGGGGGUGCCGGGGCUGGAGGCAGCAGCCUGGGCUUCCCCCCACAGCCUACGGCCCCGCAGCAGCAGGCGCAGCAGGCGAACCCGCAGCCUCCCCUGGGCCCGCAGCUGCCCGGCGUGCAGCACCCCCGGCUGCAGGCUCUCAAGGAGGAGCCGCAGACGGUGCCCGAGAUGCCCGGCGAGACCCCCCCGCUGUCCCCUAUUGACAUGGAGUCCCAGGAGCGCAUCAAGGCCGAGAGGAAGCGAAUGAGGAACCGCAUCGCCGCGUCCAAGUGCCGGAAAAGGAAACUGGAGCGCAUCGCCAGGCUGGAGGAAAAGGUGAAAACUUUAAAAGCCCAGAACUCGGAGCUGGCGUCCACGGCCAACAUGCUCAGGGAACAGGUGGCCCAGCUGAAGCAGAAAGUCAUGAACCACGUGAACAGCGGCUGCCAGCUCAUGUUAACGCAACAGUUGCAAACGUUUUGAGCAGCCCUGGGAGACCAGAGACGGACUUGGUUGGACUGACGCGAUGGUUGCAUUUGGAAGAGACAGAGACAGGCACAGCAAAGUGUCAGAGAGACGAUAGAUCAAACUGACCCGUGUUGAGCCCGGGACUGGGCCGCCCCCCACGCACAUGUCGGGGCAGGACCGGCCAAGUCUUCGGCCUUGAGCUAGUCCGGAGCGGCCAAGCCCCCCAACAGUACCAUUUGGCAGAAAGGAUGGCCCCACCCCCACCCUUCCUGCCGGACCUGGAGGGCAGAACCUGUCAGCUCCGUGUUUAACAUUGACCAAGAACUGCAUGGACCUUUAACAUUCGAUGAUCAUUCAGUAUUAAGAGGUUUAAAAAAGAAAAAAGAAAAAAAAACUUCAAUAGAGACCUGUAGUUUGCUUCCGUAGUACUCUUUAAAAAACUGGGGGGGCGGGUUGGGAGGGAGGUUUCUUAAGAGAAAAAAAGGGGGGUGGAAGGGUAAAGAAUACCGUGGACUCCACUUGCCUGCCUUUCAGUUAACUGUGUAUAUAUCUAUUUUUUUUAUUUUAUGAAAGCUGAUUAAUGUCAAUAAACAGCUUCAUGCCUUUGUAAGUUAUUUUAUGUUUUGUCUUGUUCCGUUUGGGCCCUACCAAGCAUUGUUUGUAAAUAAGAGAUUUGGAACACUCUGGGUAUAUUUACCCUUUGUAAUAAAGUAUAUAAUUUUUUUAUGCUUUUUGUUUCUGAAAAUUUCAGAAAGGAUCUAUUAUAUUUAAGAAAAUACAAUAAAAUGUUACACUAUUCUACCCCCACCCCACCUUUUAUGCAUCGUACAGCUUUAGUAGUACUGGGGGUGGGGGUGGGGCAGGGGCUGAGUUUUAAGGCUUGAGAGCUUCCUUAAAUUUCCCCCUUUGAAAAAGUGCUACCUGCUUUGAGGAAGUGGGGACCAACCAGCCACUCCUUUACUGUGGAAAGACAUGUGCCUGAUGAGUCUAGUACUACCAAAGUGUUUUCUCUUUAUUCCUCCCCUCCCCCUCCCCCUCGGAUCCCCACAUGAUUGUUUAUGAAAGUGACAGCUCCGAGCUUUCAAGGAUGCAGCCUUGAAGUGUAGGAUUGUAUCCAAAGCCAUGUGCUGUUACAGCUUCUAAUGUGAUUGGCUCUUGGACAAAAGCUGCUCCUCUCCAAACCGGUCGGAGACCCGGGAAGGUACAGGAUUUACUCCAACUGGUGUGUGUUGAAUAAUCCCUAGGUUAAAAAAAAAAAAAAGUUGAUCUUUGCUUAUGCAUAUUUAUGACAAUGCUGUUGUCACAAUAAAAUUAUUCACUAACCCUU